AUGACUGACAAGCAACCCUCAAAGGUCGAGGAGGGUGCCACAACCGGUGAUGUAGAAGACGACGUGCCCCCCACGGCCGCCAAGUCCGCCCAGGAGCGCAAGGCCGCCUCGGCCAUGGCCAGCCUCGACGACGACGCCCGACCGACCACCACCGACGCCUCCUCAUCCCCGCCUUCCUCGCGAAGCAACGUCGACCAGGAAGCCGUCAGGCAGGCUAUGAAGAACCUAGAAAAGGUCACUGGCACCGGCGCCGGCGCUUCCGCUUUCGCCGCGAGCAAGCCCCGGGGGCAAAAGAAUGGCCCUGCUCCUGCGGCCCCCCGCAAGAAUGUCAAGCUUGACCCCGCCGACGUCACCCUCCUUGUUCAGGAGCUCGAGAUGUCGAAGCUGAGGGCUACCGAGUUCCUCAGGGAGUACGACGGCGAUGCCGUUGCCGCCCUGAGAGCCUACGUCACCACCGCUGGUUGA